UGACGCAUCAGCUCCUUUAUUCAGCAUGGUCAGAGUCUCUAUCUUGAACGAUUGUUUGAACAACAUCAACAACGCCGAAAGCCGUGGCAAGAGACAGGUCCUCAUCCGUCCUUCCUCCAAGGUUAUCGUUAAGUUCCUGUCUGUUAUGCAGAAGCACGGUUACAUCGGUGAGUUUGAGGAGAUUGAUGACCACCGUUCCGGCAAGAUUGUCAUCCAGCUCAACGGUCGCUUGAACAAGUGCGGUGUUAUCUCUCCCCGCUUCAACGUCAAGCUUACUGAGCUCGAGAAGUGGACUGCCAACUUGUUGCCUUCCCGUCAGUUCGGUUACCUCGUCCUCACCACCUCUGCUGGUAUCAUGGACCACGAGGAGGCCCGUCGCAAGCACGCUGGUGGCAAGAUCCUCGGUUUCUUCUACUAAUUCAUCACUCAUUGGCUCAUGUCAACUGAGCGAGCGAUGCAAUAAUAAAAUAAACCUACGCUGCGUAUAUAUACACACACAUACACACAUGCAUUCACAAUU